AUGUCAAGUUGUUGCACCCUCCUCAUUGGGACAUAUCGGGCUCGAUUGAAAUGUUCAGUGGCGCCUAGCAGCCAACUCCAUAACCUCGUGGCGCCGGAACUUCACAUCUGCCUAUCAGAAUACCUAGUCUUUGGCUCCUGCAGAAAGUCGAACCAAAGUAGUGCGGCAGAUUCAACUGGUAUUGCUUCUUACUCACCGAUGCCUAGAACAACGAAUAUGUGGAAGAUGGGUGCAUUAGUUCGCGUUGGUUGA